AUGCGGUCCAGGUCCCGCUGCCCCUGCGGAGUCAGCUUCCGGCCCCUGGGGGGAAAAACGGCGGUGCUGGCGCUGGUGGUCAUCGGGAGCUGCGGCUCCGCCCCCCCGGCCCCGCCCUUCCUGGAGGAGCCAGCCAAUGGCAGCGCGGCGCUGGGCGCGGGGGCGGAGCUCCGCUGCCGCACCCCGGUGGGCGUGGCCGUGCAGUGGGCGAGGGGCGGGCUCCUGCUCGGGGCCACGCCCACCCGUGCCCACCCUCGCUACCGAUUGGUCGGAGACCCCGCCAAAGGUGAGCACCACCUGCGGAUCCGCCCGGUGGCGCUGGAGGACGACGAGGCCUUCACCUGCCAGGCGGGGGAGGGGAACGCCACGCGCGCGUCCCGGCCGGCGCAGCUCAGCGUGCUGGUCCCUCCCAGUACCCCCCAGCUGGAGCUGCUGGAGGGGGCGGAGCUGCCGCUGGUGGGCGGGGCCGAGGUUCAGGUUCGCUGCCACGCUCACGACGCUCGCCCCGCCCCCCACCUGGAGCUGCGCCUGGGGGAGGAGCCCCUUCCCGACGUCUCCUCCCGGGUGUUCGAGGGGUCCCACCCCAAACUGAGCUCCAGCGAGGCCACGGCCAGGCUGACCCCCGGGCCCUCGGACCACGGCCGCCUCCUCGUCUGCUCGGCCUCCAACGCGGCCGGAGCGGCUCCGGCCACGGCCGGACUGCGGCUGGACAUCGCGGUCCCUCCCAGUGCUCCCAGUAUCGAGGGGCUGCCGCCGCUGGUGCGGGCGGGGGAGGAGCUGCGGCUGCUCUGCCUCAGCCGGGGGGGGCGCCCGGCCCCCAGUCUGCACUGGGACAAGGACGGGGUGCCCCUGGCGGGGGCGUGGUCAGAGGACGAGAGGGGCGUGGCCAUGACGCGCCUCGUGUUUAGUCCCGCCCCCGAGGACGACGGCGCCACCUUGCGGUGCCGCGCAGUGACGUCACUGCCGGGGGGCGGGGCCAGCACCAGCGUCAAACUGCAAGUGAUGUACCCCCCCGCGGAGCUGGCCCUGCAGGGCUCGGCGGCGCUGCCCGAGGGGGCCGAGGCGCGGCUCAGCUGCACCAGUGCUCCCAGUAACCCCCCAGUGCGGCUGCGCUGGUGGCUGGGGGGGGCGGAGCUGCAGCCCAGCGGGCAGGGACCCGCCCCCGGGGGCGGGGCCGUGUCCAACGUGACGCUGCGGGGGCGGGGCCAGGACCACGGCUCCGCCCUCGUGUGCGAGGCCGAGACCCCCGGGCUGGGCACGAAGAGCGUGACGGUGACGGUCAGCGUGAGCCACCCGCCCCAGGCGCUGUGGGUGGAGGCCCCGCCCCCCAACGCCACCUUCCGGGUGGGGGAGGGGCUGCGGCUGCUGUGCCACGCCCGGGGGGGGCACCCGGCCCCCAAACUCACCUGGAGCAAGGACGGGCGCCCCCUGGCGGACGCCCCGCCCCAGACCCGCUCGGGCCACGUGACCUCGCGCGCGCUGCACGUGACGGCCACGCCCAGCGACAACGGCGCCGCCUUCCGCUGCGAGGCCCCGCCCACCCGGCAGGGGGCGCCGCCCACCCGCAGCCGCCCCGUGCGCCUGCGCGUGCUCUUUCCCGCCCAGUCCGUCUCCAUCUCGGUGUCGCCGCGGGAGCCCCGCCCUGGCCACGCCCUCAGCCUCACCUGCCGCGCUGGCCCCGCCCACCCGGCCCCGGAGCUCACCUGGAGCCGCCCCGGCCACGCCCCGGAGGCGGGGCUGCCGCUCCCGCCCAGCCCCGCCCCCCACGGCGGGGUCACGGCGGGGUCGCGGCUGCUCCUGCAGGGGGCGCUGUCGCUGCAGGACCAGCCAAUCACGUGCCGCGCCUGGAGCGCGCGGCUGGGCGUGGCCGUGAGCUCCGCCCACAUCCUGCGCCUGCGCCACGCGCCCCUGCUGAGCGCCCCCUCCCCCGUGCUGGUUCCGGAAGGUUCCGAGGCCGUCCUGGGGCUCUCGGUGCGCGCCCAUCCCCCCCCCGAGGGCUGCGCCUGGAGCCUGCGGGGGAGGGGCAUCAGCCCCGAGGGGUCCCCGCGGUUCCGGCUGUCGCCAGGGGGCGCCCUCGUCAUCGCCAACGUCACGCGCGCAGACAGCGCCCCCUACCGGGUGGAGUGCCACAACGCCGAGGGCGGGGCCAGCGCUGACGUCACGCUGCUGGUCCAGGUGCCCCCCAGCAUCGUCCGCGCCCCCGACCCGGUGGUGGUGGACGAGGGGGGGGAGGGGCAGCUGCUGUGCGAGGCCCAGGGGAGCCCCCUCCCCCCGGGGAGCGUCCGCUGGGCGCGGCUGGGCGAUUCGGGGUCCCCCCAGGCGCUGCCGCCGGGGCUGGAGCCGCUGCCGGGGGGUGCCGGGGGGUCCCUGCGGGUCUCGGGGGCGCGGCGGGAGCAGGGGGGGCCCUACGAGUGCCGCGUGGACUCGGGGGUGCCGCCCCCCGCCCGCGCCAUCGUCCGGCUGCUCGUCACCUACGGCCCCGAGAUGGAGGCGGAGCCAGAGGAGGGGGCGGGGCCAGGGGUGGUGCUGGUGCCCGAGGGGGCGGAGUCAGCGACGCUGCGGUGCCGCGCCCGGGGAGUGCCGGGGGUGGAGCUGAGCUGGGAGAGGAACGGGAGGAGCCUGAGCACCGGGGAGCCCGGUUCGCCGUUCCAGGAGCUCCAGUGGCGGGAGGGGCCCUGGACCAGCUCCGUGCUCCGCGUCACCAACGUCACCGGGGCCCGCGCCCGCCUGCGCCGCCUCUUCCUGCUCUCCCACCACUCCUCCCAGUCCUCCCAGUCCCACCGGUCCCCCCGGCCCCGCUACCGCUACCAGAACGUGCCCCCGGCGCUGCCGGACUGGGAGCACUGGGAGCACUGGGAGCACUGGGAGGGCGGCAACGGCACCGUCGGCGUCUUCGACUGCGUGGCCCGGAACGAGCGGGGCAGGGCCCGGAGGAAACUGAGGCUGCAGCUGGGGGACCGGCCGGAGCCCCCCCGGGCCCUGCGGCUCUCGGGGCUCUCGGGGACCUCCCUGAGCCUCCGGUGGGAGCCCGGCUUCGAUGGCGGCCUGCCCCAGCACUUCCUGCUCCGCGCAGACGGGCCGGACGCCCCUCCCCCACCCGCCGCCCUCGUCACUUCCGGUUUCUCCCUCACGCUGGGCGGGCUCCGCCCGGCCACGCCCUAUGACGUCACCGUGCACGCGCGCAACGCCCGCGGGGACAGCGCCCCCGUGCGGCUGAGGGCCGUCACUUCCGCCGUGGCCGAGGCCCCGCCCCCGCGGGGGGAGGAGCCGGAAGCGCCGCCCGGGGGGGCCGAGGCCCCGCCCCUCCUGCAGGGGGCGCUGUGGGCGCUGGGCGGGGCCGCGCUGCCCGCGCUGGGGGCGGGGCUCUACUGCUGCCGCCGCUUCCGCUUCCGGCCGGACGCGCCCAGCCCCCAAGGCUCCCGGGGCCCCCCCAGCGCCGGCUCCGCCCCCUGGGAGCCCCCCAAGGGGGCGGAGCCUCACCUGUACGAGGAGGUGGAGCCGUGGGGGGGCUACGAGGAGGUGCCCCCGGAGCCGCUCGUGACCCCCCAGGGGGAGCUGGUCUGAGGGGGCGGGGCCUCGGGGGGGAGCCACGCCCACCAAUAAAACCACACCCGUUCCCAGUUCGAACCCGUGCGGUCCGCUUCCUUCCCAGUUCAAACCGGUUCAAACCAGUUCGAACCAGUCCUUUCUCAAUUCAAACCAGUCCAGCCCAGUUCAAACCAGUAUGAC